UUAUUGCUUAGAGGUAUUUUAUAUUCUAAGAAUUAUUGUUUGGAAUUCCUCGUUAUAAAAAAGACAAAAUGCAAUCAAGAAACUAUAAAGAAGUAUUUUGCAGAUUAUGUCUUAAUAUUAUAACCGAUAGAAGUUGCGAAAUAAUAGACGAAGAAGUAAGGAAAAUUGUGGAAGUAGUUUUGCCAAAUCUGAACCUGGAGGAGACGAAUAAACAUGUAAUGUGUAAUGAAUGCUCUGUAAAAUUAUUUGCUGCCUUUAAUUUUAAAUCGAUGUGUAUGGAUACGGAGGGUAUUAUUUUUCCUUAUGUUAAUUCCAAUAGAGUUUCCAUGGUUGACUUAAAAGAAGUUUAUCUAAAGGAAAAAGGACAUAUUCCCUUAAUCGAUGUAUCUGAAAAUCGGAAAAUUUGUCGAUUAUGUAUGCAGUUGGCAACAUACGGAUUUGUGUCAUUAAAUGAAGUGGAUGUUGACGUAAUUGAUAAAUGUAUAUCACAAGUUAAUAUCAGUGUUUCCAAGGAUCCUAUUAUAUGUGCAUGGUGUUUUGAUUCGCUGCGUACUUACGGCAGUUUUUUAAAAAAUUGCCUUGAUGCACAGAAAAAUGAGCGGUGUUAUAUUAAAACUGAAGAGAUUGAAAUGAAAGUGGAAGAAGAUGGUCAGGAAGCCCAGCAGAAAUAUAAUAUUGAUGACCUUAUUAAAACUGGAAAUACUGAAAUGAAAUUGGAAAGUGACCAAAACACGCAGGAGAAAUAUAAAAGUAUCGAUAAGCAGUCUUAUAUCAAAUCCGAAGAGAUUGAAAUAAAAGUUGAAGGAGAUGAGCAAUUGGGUGUUUCUUCAUAUGACUUAAAUGAUGAUGAAGACAAAGGAGAAAGAAAGAUUGAAUGCAUGCUUAAGUAUAAGAUAGGAUAUGAUGAAAGUUGUACAUCGAUGUUUGGUCACAACACCUACAUACCCAAAAGUGAAAAAUCUAGAUUUCAAAUGUGUGAACCCUCAUUAGAUACACAAUUGUACCAAUGUGAUAAAUGUAAGUAUGACACUAAGCUUGAAGUGGAUAUGAAAAGACAUCAGUUAACGCACGAAAACCCUUCAGUGCAAACUUACAAGUGUGUCACUUAUGAAACUAAAGUGAACAGUCAUUUAAAAAUGCAUCAGUUAUCGCACAUGGAUCCUUCAGAAGUCCAAAUGUACAAAUGUGAUACUUGCAAUUUUGAGAGCAACUAUAUAGGUCAUAUAAAAGUGCAUCAGUUGACACACAAGAAGCGUUCGGAAAUCCGAAUGUACAAGUGUGAUACAUGUAGUUAUGAAGCUAAACUCAUGAGUAAGUUAAAGAGACAUGAGUUAUCACACAAAGACCCGUCGGAAAUCCAAAUGUAUAAGUGUGAUACAUGCAGUUAUGAAGCUAAACGUAUGAGUCAUCUGAAAAGGCACCAAUUGUUGCAUAAAGACCCAUCUGAAAUACACAUGUGGCAGUGCGAUAGAUGUAGUUUUAAAACUAAACAUAAGAGUCAAUUGAAUGUACAUCAGGUAUCACACAAAGACCCUUCGGAAAUCCAGAUGUACAAAUGUGAAGCUUGUAUCUACGAAACUAAAUAUAAAAGUCAUAUGAAAGUGCAUCGGUUAACACACAAAGACACUUUGAAAAUGGGAAUAUAUAAGUGUGACGCCUGUAAUUUUUACUGUAAGUAUAGAAGCAGACUAAAAUCGCAUCAGCUAAUACACAAAGAUUCUUCAGAAAUCGAAAUGUACAAAUGUGAUAUUUGUAAUUAUGAAGCUAAGUAUAAGAAAUAUUUAAAAGAUCAUCAGUUAAAGCACAAAAACCUUUCAGAAAUCCGAUUGUACAAAUGCAACACAUGCACUUUCGAAACUAAGUUUAGGAGCAGUUUGAAGUGGCAUCAGUUAAUACACAAAGAUUCCUCAGAAAUCCAAAUGUACAAAUGUGAUACAUGUGCCUAUGAAACUAAAUAUAAGCAUCGGAUGAAAUGUCACGAGUUAAUGCACAAAGGUACCUCGGAAGUCCAGAUCUACAAGUGUGAUAUAUGUAGUUAUGAAACUAAAUAUAAGCGUGCUUUAAAAGUGCAUCAGACAAAGCACAAGGACUCUACAGAAAUCCAAGUCACUAUUUAAUAUUCUUCCAUCUUGUACAACAAAAAGUAAAUACAUGAAAGUAACAAGUGAUGAAAUACUUGUAUAUCGACAGUCGGUAGAAAUAGCAGUAUCAAAUACAGAAACAGAGUGAUACAGAAAUUAAGGGGACUUUUUUAUAAAUUCUAAACAGAUUCCUAAUAUACAAGAGUUACAGGCAAACUAUUUUUUGUUGGUCACAUCAAUCAUAAUGGUACGGUAUAAUUGGGUGGAUUUAUGUUGAUAAGUUCCUAUUUAAAAUCUUUAGGUUUUAAAGAUAUUUCCAAUACCUGUAAUAAAUUGUAUAAUAAAUUACCAACAAAAGUUAAGAGUAUAAGAGAGUUCAAAGUAUUUAAAAAUGUAAGAAAGUAUAUUAUGGGUAAAGAGAUAUAUUUUUAUUAAAUUAUUGCUUUCGAAGCAUUAAA